GCAACGCAUGCGCAAUCAUGCAGUUUUGCCUCCCUUCAUCCCCGAUGCCAUUCAACCCUCGAUUACGGUCCGUUACUAUGGACAACUUCGGGUGGCCAAACAAACCAACGGAUACUGAUUUUCGUUUUCUCGGCGGGAUAGUGUUGUAAACCAUGAACUCCGUCCUCGAGGACGACAUUUACGGCGGAUUUUCCGGCGUUACGAACAAACUAUUCAACUACGACAUCAAGGAGGACAAGGCGUUUCAGAAUGCAGUGAAAACUUCCAGCUAUGGGAAGAAAACUUCGACACCGAAGUUCUAUUGGAAUGGGGACAAACUGGGAUCGGCGGAUGCCUCGGCCACUAUGGCGCGGCCUUCGACGGCCAUUCGAGCCGUGGGAUACUCGUCGCAGAGCAGCAAGCUGUUCGAUCCACUGAAUCAAGCUGCGAAGAAGAUCGUGGUGAUGGAGAGCAAGAAAGAGGAAACGCCCGAGCAGCGCUACAAGAACAUGGAAACCAAGAUCUACGCCCUACUGGAGGAAUCCAUUAUCGCCAGUACCGGUCCCAAGCCGGACAUGUCGGCUGGAUUGGCUAAGGCGAAGGAAGCCUCGGCAAUGGAUCGAACACUGCUACGCAUGAGGGACCAAGAUGGCGGAACAUACACCCAUAACUUCGACCUGACAUUCUUUGUGUUGUUCAACCUGGCCAACGUGUACGCCAAGAACGAGAUGUACAUUGAAGCCCUGAAUACGUACACGUUGAUGACCAAGAACAAAAUGUUCCCCAAUGUGAACCGACUGAAGAUCAACAUGGGGAACAUCUACUUCCAGUUGGGGCUCUACACCAAAGCGAUCAAGAUGUAUCGGAUGGCGUUGGAUCAGGUGCCCAGCAAUCAGAAGGAACUCCGGUUGAAGAUCACCCAUAACAUUGGAAUAUUGUUCAUCAAAAUGGGACAGUAUUCGGAUGCCGCGACUAGCUUCGAGUUUAUCAUGUCGGAGAAGGGUGAUCUGAAGACAGGACUGCACUUGAUCUUGUGCUACUACGCUCUUGGGGAUGUAGAGAAGAUCAAGCACGCUUUUCAAUUACUGCUGGACAUUCAGAUUGAUUACUUGGAGGAUGAUAAGAUUUUUCAGACUAACUCCAAUCCAUCGUACGAGUACAUCAACGAAAUGAUCAAGUCCGAUGAGCUGCACGUCUACGAGCAAAAGAUACGACACUUGGCGGAGAAGAACAUACUGAUCUCGGCCAAUCUGAUUUCGACCAUCAUUGACGAUUACUUCAACGAUGGUUACAGCUGGUGUGUGGAAACCAUAAAAAAUUCCUACUUCUCAUCCUUGGCCGUAGAUCUUGAGCUGAAGAAGGCCGUUAUCUAUCUGAAGCAGGACGACAUCCAGCAGGCGAUCGAGACGUUGAAGUACUUUGAGAAGAAGGAGUCAAAUAUCGCAAUCAAUGCUGCGAUCAACCUCAGUUUUAUUCAUAUUUUGAAAAAGGACAUCUCCACGGCAGAAACCUACGCUGAAACGGCGAAAAAGAUCGACAGUUACUGCCCGGCUGCAUUCAUUAACAGCGGAGUUUGUAACAUGCUCAAAAAUGACCUGGAAACGGCCAAGCUGAUGUUUCUCAAUGCCUUGGACAUUGACUCGACUUCAUUCGAAGCACUCUAUAACAUCGGAUUGAUCUUCAAGAAGCUCGGCGACCAUAACAACUCGCUGCUCUACUUUCGCAAGAUCAUUUCGAAUCUGGGUCACGAGCAACACCCAGAGGUUCUGUACCAAAUUGCCAGUCUCUACGAUCUGCUGGGUGAUGUCGGAACUGCCCUGGAGUAUCAUCUGCAGCUCUUGAGUCUGGUCCAGCAAGACAACAAGAUAAUUCAGAAGAUCGGUGAACUGUAUGAAACGGACGGCGAACGCCAACAAGCCUAUCACUAUCAUCACGAGUCUUAUCGUAUAUUCCCGAUUGAGUCCAGCGUGAUCAAUUGGUUAUGCUCGCACUACAUAGAACUCCAGGUCGUCGAAAAAGCAAUCGGCUUCUACGAGAAGGCCGUCCUGAAGAACCCUCAGGACCCAUACUACCUUCUACGGAUCGCCGGUUGCUACCGCCGUAUCGGCAACCAGCAAAAAUCCUUGAACCUGUUCAAAAUGAUCCACGAGAUCUACCCGGAGAACGUGGACUGCUUGCGGGCGUUGAUCCACCUGACCCAGACCCAGGGCAACAACGAGCUGUGCGAGCGGUACAUGAGCGAACUGCAGAAGCUGGAGAAACAGAAGGAAGUUCGCCAGCGGAUCAACACCAGCAGACCGCCAACGACGGCGAGCAGUUCGCGGAUUUCCAGCGGAGAGCAUGGUGCCCGAUCGGGUGGAAGAGACGGAUCGGACAGCUAUCAACCGCCGGGAACUGCCGCUGGAGGGAACAAGAGCUCGGAUGUUUCGCCAGAUUAUAACGCAAGUGCCUACGGUUAUGCGGAUCCGUUAGGACCUCCACAGGAACGACCACGUACGGGAAUUCGCAAAAACCUUACGCUGGACGAUGAUUCCGAUGAGGAUAUCAAUCCUUACGAUUUGUUGCCGGUUUAAGGAACGUUUGGAGCACAAAAUAUUAUAUGGCUUUAAGGAACCUAAGCGCCCUCGUCAGAUGCGCAGGCUUGUCCUUAUUUUGUAAUACUACUAUGUAGACAUUUUGUAGAUUUGAGACAUAUGCAAAUCUUAAAAUAAAUUGGACGUAGGUAUGUUAAUCUCAAAAUAAACAAAAAAUAUUGAUGAUAUAAUGACGUAUGCAGUUAUGUUUAGUAGUAUUUGGGUAGUUUAAGAUGAAACCGGUAGGGCAUUUUCAGAACUGCUGAAGGAAC